GAAAAGGAGCCUCCCUCAAAACUGAGCUCUAAUCGAGAGCUGGAGUGUUUAGUGCGCACACACGGUCCCUGUGUGUGCGUGUGUGUGUGUGUAAGGGACACAAUCUCACAUUGGCAAAGAAAGAUCUACAAAGAAAACCAGUGCGAGACUAACUGAUUCACGGAAGAUCAGGAAACAUGUUCUCAAAAAAGGGCACAUUUAAGGUCUCUCCGAGCAGCAAGCUAUCCAGUGACCUUCCCGUGCUGAUUGCGCGUAUGCAGAAGAAUGGUGACCAGGUGGAAACGGACAUCCUGGACACAGAAGAGAAACUGCGGGCAGAUAAGUUAAACUACGAGAACAACCGUCCGUUCAAGUACGAGGCUGUGAACAAUGAGAACUUAGCUCGGUCGGAAGGCCUCCUUAAGGACCUUUUCCUGGAUGCCGACAAGGCAAAGAAGCUGAGACACCCACAGGGGCAAGAGAUUGAAACUGACGUGAAGAGAAUGCACGAACGCUGGGUGCAGCAGUGCUCCACGUAUCGGGAUCUCUACGAGAAACUUAAACUGCCCAAGACCGAUAAGUCUGUAGACUGGCCUGACAUCCUGGCACAGAAACAGCUGGAGAUCAGUAAGGGUGGCUUUGGAUCACAGCUGCCAGAACUGGAACGGCAGGUUGCAUCUCAUCACAUACUGAGUAAAGAAAUCGAAGCUUAUGGGCCACAGAUCAACAGCCAGUCCAUCCCCAAUCCGGAGGAACUCAGGAAUGUUCAGAAGCAAUACAAAAAUUUGGUGGACUCCUCCAAGCUGCGUGGCCACCAACUAGACGAUCUCUACAGCUACAUGCAGGACUGCACCAAGCAGCUGAUGUUCAUGAAUGAGCAACAGGAGAAGAUCCAGAGGCAGGAUUGGAGUGACCGGAUGUUGGAGCCCGAGGAAGUGCGCAAGCAGUAUGAGAGUUUCAAAGAAAAUGGACUGUUGGCUGAGGAGGAAGCUGUCAACAGAAUUCAGGACAACGGAGAGCGUCUGAUGAAACUGAAGCACCCAGGCAGCCCUGCGAUUGAAGCCCACAAGGAUGCAGUGAAGAACGAAUGGCAGCAGUUUCUGAAUCUCUGCAUCUGCCAGGAGGCACACCUGAAGAACGUGGAGGAUUAUAGAAAGUUUCAGUAUGACGCGGACAAUCUCAGUCAGUCAAUCAAAAAGCACAGUGCAGAGCUGGACAACAAGUUCUCCAAGUACAACGACAAUCCCCGUGUUAUGUCCGACCUGCUCCACCAGUUUGAGGGUGAUGAGAAAAAUAUCAUCCAAAUGGACAAGGAGAUGAACGAUCUGAGGAGACGGAGCCAGCAGAUUGCACCGCUGAAAGCCCGGCGCACUCCCGUUUCCAAACCCUUCCCAGUGACUGCCCUGUGUGACUGGGAUGACAGACAGAAUGAAGUAAGCCGUGGAGAGAAGCUAAUGCUCCAGGACAAUGACGAUCUCGAGAACUGGGUGGUGGUGAAUAGUUCAAAACAGACCAAGCGUGUCCCUGGGGUCUGCUUCAACAUCCCUCCUCCUGACUCAGAGGUCAUUGGUCGAGCAAACAGAUUGGCAAAGGACUUGGAUGAUUUGAAGAGGAAACGGUCAGACACUGAGAACAAGUUGAAAAACCAUUACAAUGAGUUAAGGCAAAUGAAGCCCACAUUACAGGACUACCCAACCAUGCAGACCAAUUUGUUAACCCAGUCUGCAGCACCAGGAGAGGAUGAUCCCCAGAGCAAAGAUCUCCUGUCCAAGCUCAACAAGAUCAACGACAACCUGGGAGAGACUGAGAAGGAGGUGAUGUCCCAGCUUCACAUGCCAAUCAACCGGAGUGCUCCCACUCAGGACAUUGCUGACCGUCUCAAGGACCAGCAGAAUAUAAAUAGCCGGUUGCAGAAGAUUGGAGUUGAGAAGGACUCCGUAAAGAAAGAGUGUGAAUCACACCUUCUGAAGAAGCCCACAGGGCCCUCGGCAUCGCUGCUUCCAAAAAAACUCAAUGACGUGACGAAUAAGCACAAAAAUGUCACCUCACUGGCCAACCUAUACCAGAACAAAGCGUCAUCUCAAUUGGAGUUGGAAAACAGCAUUAAGAAAGCGAAUGAUGCCAUUAAGAUAAUUGAAUCCAAUCUCGCAGAGGAGUCUGCGGUUCCUGCUACUUCAAAUGCCAUGCAGCAGAGGAAGACCGAGCUCCAGAGGCUGAGGCGAGAGCUAAACAACGACCAAGAUAAGCUGCAGAAGGCGAACCAGGACCUGAGAAAGACCGAAGACAGCUGCAAACCUUUGGAGUUGAACUUCCAGGAAUACUGUCCUGAUAUCAAGAAACAGCGGGCCGAGGUCCAAAAGCUGAACAACCGCUUUCAGAAUGCCAGUGAUCAACUGGACCUGAGAGAGGAAAUGCUUCAGAACGCUGAUGGAGCCCAGCAGCGUUACAAAACAUCCCUGCAGGGACUCAACAGCUGGAUGGACAAUCUUCCGAACAACCAAGUGCAACCCACUGCCAGCCUAAAUGAAGUCCAAACCAAACUCCAAGCCCAGAAGAAACUUGUGAAUGAUAUCAAGAAGAAGGAGCCUGAGAAAGAUGAACUUGUCCGCCUCUCCCAAGACCUGCAGUCGACACUGAAGGAUUACGAAACCAACAAUGACAAAUACCGAGCAUCUCUGGACUCUACCUCUGGCCCAUCUGGCGUGAAGAAGCUAAGAAGUCAGACACUGCAAGAUAGCAUUAAAGAUCAGGAGAAGGACACGGUCAAACGCUUCGCUGAAGUCUCCUCAUCAAAUGAUCAGCUGCUGAGCCAGCUGGACUUUGUGACAAAGGUUAAGCAAAAGCAACAAGAAAGUCCAAUAGACGAAGUAGUUAUGCAACAGAAUGUAAAGUCAUCGUUUGCCAGCAGAGGCAGUGACAUCCAACAACAGUACAAAGAUGAAGAGAAGAAGACCAAAUUAGCCCAAGCAGCUCUUCAGGAGCAGAGUAAAAGACUGAGUCUUCUAAGAGCACGGCGGCCUGUGGAUCAAAUGGAAGAGAAGGAGGUGGUGAAGUACUACAGGGACCCCAAGGUAGAAGCCAACCUUUCCAACUUGCGCAAUGAAGUCCAUCAAGUACGGAAACAGAGACAGGAAACCCAGAGUGAUAUAAAUGCAACUAAGCAGAAAAUCAGUUUGCUGGAAGGUGAUCAGAAGAAUGCCAAGAUCGGGCUGCUCACCAAAGAGGUGAAGAAAAUUGAGAGGCUGCCCGCUUUGGAUGCUGAAGCUGAAAACCUACGCAGUGAAAUCAGUACUCUGAGAAGGGAAAAGCAAAUAACUAUUGGUGACUGGGAUCGUCUAACAAGAGAGGUCACCAUCCUUGAGCAGAAACCAGUCAACGUUAAAGAAAGGGUUGUUGUGGUGGAAAAAGUCAAGGUAGAAAAGGACCCGGGUAUGCUGAAGGCCUCCAAGGAACUUCAAGACGAGAUUGAAGAUGAAGUUCAUAAGAAACAAGUGCUGACUGAAAAGAUACGUACCAUUCGAACUCAGAUUGAGACCCUGGAGAAACAAUCUGGAAAGACCGAUCCAAAGAUCAUGAUUAAGGAGAUCAAGAAGAUAGAGAGGGACCCUGAACUUGAAAAGGAGUUAGUCAAGCUCAGAGACAUUUGUCAAGAUGAUAGCCACAAAAAUAGUGUUCUGGAGAAAGAACUAAGUGAGCUGCAGAGGAAGUACAGAAUUAUUGAUGAACAGAAACCAAAAAUAGAAACAAAGGAAAUAGUUCAAGAGAAUUUCCGUGUCCUUCCUGAAACCGAGCAAGAGAUAGCAAAGCUGAAAAAAGAAAUACGGGAAACUGCGAAGAGAAGGGGUGAUGUGGAGAUGGAGAUCACUAUCGCCCACGGAGACCUGGAAGUGCUGAAAGACAGGAAACCUCAAAUUCAGUACAAAGAUAUCACCAAGGAAAUUGUGAAGCUUCAAAAAAGCCCAGAAAUGCUAAAAGAGAUCGAUCAACUCAAGCAUAAACUCCCUCAAAUGGAGGAUGAUCAUGGCGAUAUGCAGGUGAAGAUUAAGAGGUUGAAAAAUGAAAGAGAUGAGUGGCGGAAAGAACGGUCGAAGAUCGAGACCAAAGUGGUGACCAAGGAUGUUGUGAAGUAUGAAGAUGACCCAAUGCUGGAUAAGGAAGUGGCGCGAAUCCGAACAAUACUCCGUGAAGAAUCGGAGAAGCGAAGGCAUAUCGAGUCAAUAGUGUUUGAUUUGCAGAACAUGUACUCUCAGUUGCAGAGACAGAAGCCUGAAGAGAAAGUUGUCGUUCAGGAAAUGGUUCGUUUAGAAAAGGAUCCAAAACUUGCCAGAGAACAUGAUAACCUGGGCAGAACCUUGGAUGAAGAACGAAACCAGAGGCGAAACCUGGAGAGGGAAGUCCAGCAUCUGAAAGAUCUGGUAGAGGAAAAAGAGAGAGAACUAAAUCUCGAGGAGGAAAAAGGCAUUCACCAGGCAGUCAAAAAUGAAAUGGAGGGAAUCAAGUACAAAAUACGUGAGCUGGAGUCAACUCCUCCUCCCUUGGAAGAGAAGAUCGUCACCGAAGAAGUACUCAAGGUGGAAAAAGAUCCAGUUCUUGAAAGGUUAGCUGGAUCCCUACGUCAGCAACUAGAACAAGAGAGGAAUAAAGCUAAUAGUUUGGACAAAGAAAUUAAGAAAAUUCAACUCCAGUUGGAGAUUCUACACAGGGAGAAAUCCCAAGAAAAACUUAUCUGCAGAGAAGUUAUCCGGAUAGAAAAAGAUAAGGCCUUGGAGGAGGAGCGUGCCCACACUCGAGACUUGUACAACAAGGAGAAGAAUUCCAGGCUGGACAUAGAAGAGGAGCUAAGAAGGGUUAGAGACAGGUGCGAGAAAUUGGAAGAUUCAAUAGCAUCACGAUCCCAGGUGGAAUCAGAUCUGAGAAAGGCCCGGGAUAAUGCUUUCCGUGAGAAGGCAGAUUUGGAGGAUGAACUAAAGAAUCUAGAGACUGAAAGAGAACAAAAGACCUUUGUCCAUAAAGAGGAGUCCAAGCGUCUGAGUCAGCAUCACGUGAAGGAAAAGCAAAGAAAGCAAGAGCUAGAUGACAAACUGUCAUGGAUCGAGACGGAGAUCAUGAAGGAGAGAGACAAAAUCCACGAGAAAGAGUACAGAAUCAGAGACCUUGAGUCACAGAUCAGCAGGGAAGAAGCUCGUCAACGUGACAUCCAGAUGAGAGAAACCAACCUGUCUACAAAGAUAUCCAUUGUGGAUCCAAGUACAGGGAAGGACUUGUCACCCUAUGAGGCUUACAAGAGGAACUUAAUAGAUCGGGAACAAUACAUGAACCUGCAGAAGCUGGAGUGUGACUGGGAGGAGAUUUUCACCCAUGGCAUAUCAGGAGAAAGCUCUGUCCUUCGAGACAAGAAAAGUGGGAAAGAAUACUCCAUCGAGGCUGCUCUGAAAGACGGAAGAAUCACAAAGGAAGACCUGAAACUCUAUAGGGAAGGAAAACUCCCGAUAUCUGAGUUUGCUCUGUUGGUAGCAGGUGAAGACAAACCAAUGGCGUUACAUACCGACUUAGUAAAUUCCACGCCACCAAUUUCCCCAGCGUAUCAAUCAACAAACUAUUCUAGCCCAAGCUUUGCAACCUACAGGGCACACACUGAUCGGGAUCAGCAAGCCAUAGCUGGAGUGUAUGAUAACACCACUAACUCAAAGAUGUCCAUCACAAACGCCUUGAACAAGAAGCUACUAGAGCCCAUCACUGCUCAAAGGCUGUUGGAAGCACAGGCAGCCACAGGUGGGAUCAUUGACAUCGCGACCCGGGAAAGACACUCGGUACAUAAGGCAUUAGAUAGGAACCUGAUCGACAAAACCCACGAGAGAAGGCUGCUCAAUGCACAGAAGGCUUUCACUGGGCUUGAAGACCCCGUCACAAAGGAACGCCUUUCUGUUGGGGUGGCCCUCCAGAAGGGCUGGCUGCCCACUGAUAUUGCCCACCAGUAUCUGGAAGCCCAGUACCUCACUGGGGGACUGGUGGACCCCAACCACUCUGGCCGCGUGUCUACCAAGGACGCCCUCAGGUCGAACAUGAUCGAUAGCAACACUGCCAGGGUCCUGCAGGAGGAAUCCAACUAUGCAAAGGAUCUUGUUGAUCCCAUGUCUGGGGAGAGAGUCAGUUACAAAGAACUAAUGAAACGCUGCAAGAAAGAUGAGCUUUCGGGCCUCUUGCUUCUCCCGGUCAAGUCAGACCCACAUGCGCUUUCCAGCUAUCAAUCUUCAAGCCGCUUCGACCCUGGAUAUUAUUCUCCAUACUCCAGCUUGUAUUAAUCACUGCCCACAGAUACCAUUGAGUGUUAAGCACGCGUCACCCACAACUUCUAAAGCGAACUUACUCUCUUACUAAUUGUUUCAAGUUAUAUUACAUAUCUCCUUGGUUUUUUUUCACCAUGGGUUUAAGGCUAUUCUAAUCAAGUGCUUUUUUUAUGUAUUUAAAGGUUUAUAUAACUGGGGAUUUCAGUGCUAUCUCAUUCUCCGUCUGCCACAUUUCUUUUAUAAGUGUGUAAGAGAAUCAUAAGGUGCAAGACGUGAAACAUUGGUCUACUCUUGUGUCAUAAAGAAUUCAUUGCAACAUCAAAUAAUUUCAUUAAUAAACAAGUCUAUGAAAAAGUC